AGCCCCAGUACCAGUGAGGUACCACAACACGUACCUAGGUAUACUUUGACAUCAUUUCCCACUGUGUGGCAGGGUCAACACUUUGACACAACUACACCCUUGUACAUUGCAUGAGACACUCACAGGACCAUCCGCCGUUAUGGCAAUAGCCACACUCCGCCGUCCGGACGCGGUCGAGGGCGUCAAAAAAGCGCUUUUAGAAGCCCUCUCACAGAUUGAGGCUCCGUCAUUCGCUUGUGGGGGUGUCAUGAGUGAAAAUCUCAAUCCAGGCCUGUUUCUUAACGAUCAUGGCAUCGUUGGACUUCCGUUAUCCAAGAAUGAUGCUGGGGCCAUCAUAUCCAAAGCCACACAGAGUCCCUUUGGCAAAGGGGAAGAGACGCUUGUUGACACAUCGGUGCGAAAGUCCUGGCAAUUGGAACCAGCACAAUUUUCCAUCCGCAACCCGAAAUGGAACAACAUGAUCGGUCGAAUCCUACAUGACGUCUAUAGAGCUCUAGACCUGGAUUGUGGGCGUGACAAUGUUUGCGCAGAUCUCUACAAGCUGCUUUUGUAUGAAGAAGGGGCUUUUUUUAAACCACACAGGGACAGCGAGAAAGCACCCGGCAUGUUUGGGACUUUGAUGAUUUGCCUCCCCUCUUCGCAUCGAGGUGGCGAGCUGGUGCUCACACACAACGACGAGACGGUUGAAUUCAACACGUCGUCAACAUCGGACUUUGACAUCUCGUAUGCGGCUUGGUACUCGGACGUUCUCCAUGAAGUUAAGCCGGUGACUCAAGGCUAUCGCCUUGUUCUGAUUUACAAUCUGGUUCGACGGGAGUCUACAACAGUGUCCGUCCCGGCGUCGCCGACCCAGCAUCAGGACCGAAUAGUUUCGGUGCUCAAGCAAUGGUAUGUGGACAUUGAUGCCCCCAAGUCGCCGGACUAUCUGGUUUACGCGCUUGAACAUCAAUACACUCAGGCUAGCCUGCAACUUAAGCUUCUCAAAAGCCCAGAUUUUGGGCGAGUUCUGUGCUUGGAUGAAGCAGCGCUCCGGCUCGGAUUUUCGUUAUACCUCGCCAGCACAGAGCGCAAGGUGAAGAUAGAUAUAAAUGGGGAAGACGAGCUCAGUCGUGAGACGACUAUGCAGCACGUCGUUACUUUGAAUGGUGAUCGGGUAGAUGAUCCAAGUGCAGACUACGGAAUCAGCGUGUCCCAGGACAGGGUCAUAAAUGUCCAUGACGAUCGGCUCCCAGACGAUGAGGAUCAUAUUGAAGUUACAGGAAACGAGGGAUCACUGUCAUUUUACUGGUACCGGGAUACAGUUGUGGUGAUCGUCCCGCCGUCGAAAAGGCUCGAGUUUCUGCACGAGUGUGACCACCGCCCGGAAACGAUACUGUCACGGCUUCAAAACUUGCGGCAGGAUACAUUUACAGAGUCAUGGGAUAUAUUUCCAGGUGACUCUGCUGUACAAGAUCUGACAGCGUAUGCGUCGACUGUGCUGGAGUAUCAGUAUCGUUACAGCCGACCCUUCAUUGUGCUUGAACACAAAAGAGCUAGGUGGGCGAAAAUCCUCCAGGAAAUCGUUGCGUUUGCGAUCGAACGCGGGAAUUGGACCCUUUACGACCAGGCGGUGCGCAAAUCUCACGAUGGCAUGUCCAUCGAAAUUUUUCAGCGUUUGGGCCUUGCCUUGGCACAACGGGAGGGCGGCCGCCGCAUUUUAGAGAUAAGAAUCUCUGAAGCUUUACAGGAUGGCUUCUCCCUGUGUGACAGGCAAGCAGCGUUGCACGCUGUAAAAGAGGGGUUCUUCCGAUGCCCUGAGCCUCCCAAAGGGGACGAGAAAGAAAUGGCCAGAUUGAUCCACUUGUUUGACGACUACUGGGUUGAUACAGUGAUAGGUGAUGCCCGCUGCCAUUACAGGACUAUGAACAAGGCCGAAGGGGAGAGCAUCGGACGCAUUGCCCGGUUGUUGGACGAUUCAUAUAUCGACUUCAGCAUCAUCGGGCAAGUUUUUUCAGUUCCUAUCGCUUGCAAAAUCGGAUUUUGCAACGAGCUGCUGGCCCCAACCGAAUCCUGGAACUACCCGCGCUAUUGGAUGGAUCGCUAUCCCAACGGAGCUCUGCCGCAACAACCACAGACAACCUUGGAAACGAGGCUAGAGCUGGUCAGAGAACGGUUAUUAAAGAGAAUAUGGCACGACUUCGAACGUAACCCUGCUUUGAUUAACUAUCGUCCAACCAAUAGACAAUACACAUUGACACCCACAACGAGAUCCUGGAUUGGACAUGACCCGCAAUCCCCUAGCGCACGCAUUCUUAACGGCAAAGACUUGAGACAGCUCAUCACCAACAGUUGUCUGGCGGGCAUAUUGACCGAACAGGAUGCGCUAGACUGUCUGUCCACGGCCCUGCGCGCCUCGAACAAAGAGACAUGCGUACAUACACUGCUCCCUUUCGUCGACGAGAUCAUGACCAGCGGCUUUCUCAACGAGCGGGAUCCAAACACGGGCCAGGUCCGGAUUGACAUACGACGUGUCGUCCUUGAGCUGCUGAUGUACUAUCUCCGGACCUGCGUUGGGCCCGAACCACCUGGAACGGUCAGUUGGAGCCAAGACCUCGAUCGUGGCUGCGGCUGUACGGACUGCAACACGGUGCAGGAGUUUCUCAGGAGCCCGACGGAAAGGGUUGCCCGGAUACCAUGCACCACCGCAUCUCGGCGUCAGCACCUACAGACCCAAUUCUACAACCGACAGAUCAAGUCAUAUACAAUCGUGACGUUGCGGGACCGGACUCCCAACGAAUGGCAUAUCACGAAGAAGAACGAACUAUUCGACAAGAAGACCGUUUGGGAGAAGAACAGGGACGACGCUCGCGUCAAACUCGCCCCCCUCAAUCGUGCAGGCCGUUUGAAAGACUAUCUCUUCGGCAGACAGUGGGCCGAGAUCAUUCUCGCCGCCGAUUAUGAUGGCGCCGUGCGCGCCGCGCAUCUCAAUAAUGAAAGGGCCCGAGCCAAGAUAGCUGCCCAAGGCGCGUCGACAUCGGCAUCGACCUCCACUGCCGCGUCCCCACCUACACCUAGAAAUCCCUUGCAACCUGUCGUGACUAACACUUUAAACACCACACAAGCCCCUACUUCGUCGAAACGAGCGUCAGAUGCAGGUUCCGGUGCUCAAGCGGAGCAGACAAAGAAGGUCAAGACUCAACCUGUCGAGGAGGUCAACCUCACUGGAGUUUGAAAGUUGCUGAUGACUGGGGCACUGACUUGUAACGGCAAGACAAUGGGGAAUGGGUGUGUCAGUACCGCCACAUGAAAUCUUUCUUGGACAAAAUCGCCCUGGGAGAGGCCUUUUCUGGAGCAAUUAUCUGCCAGAUGGGGCGGGUAAUGGUAUGCUCUUAUCAUAGUUCUUUCCAUAGUGGUGUCGGACUUCUUCUUUUGCGUAGCAGGAAAUCAAUAUACCUAGGUAUACAUACAACCUUUGGGCACGAAUAAAAUGGUGUAUCGGGUGCAUCUGUGUACCUCUACACCCCCCGUUUCCCGACUCG